AUGUCUCCAAUGUCCCCAUUGUCCCCAUGUCCCCUUGCUGACAGCACUGUCCCUCCCGCAGUGUCCGUGUUCAUCUCCACGCUGACCCCCAGCCUGCGGGGGCUGCUGGGCUCCCCCCAGACCCUGCACUGCUCCUUCGGCCCCGCCGGGGGCCCCUUCGCGCUGCGCUGGCUGCGCCACGGCCGCGCCGGCACCCGCCGCCUGCUGGCCUUCGACUCGGCCGCCCCCCGCGCCACCGCGGCCGCGCCGGGGACGCUGCUGCUGCUGGGGGGACGCGGGAGCGCCCCCGGGACACCGGUGAGGGGAUGGGAGGGGUCCUCCCAGCCGCUAGGGGGCGCUGCUGGCGCUGGAGGGGCCACGGGAGCGCCCCCGGGACACCGCCACCAGGGGGCGCCACUGACGCGCCCUUUUCCUUGGUCCUCCCAGCCACCGGGGGGCGCCAUGGAGGUGUCGCUGCAGCUGCCGCCACUCUCGGUGUCUGAUGACGGCUCCUUCGUCUGCUCCGUGACCACGCCCCAUGGGCAGGUGCAGCAGGUGCUGCGGAUGAACGUGAUUGGUCAGUGCCGGGGGCGGGGCUGGGGGGGUGGGACGGCUCCCAGUAUAUCCCAGUAUGUCCCAGUGCCCCUCUCUGUGCCCACACUGGGCUGGCAGAGCUCUGGGGUCAGUAUGGACGGGCUCCCAGUAUAUCCCGGUAUGUCCCAGUGCCCCUCUCUGUGCCCACACUGGGCUGGCAGCGCUCUGGGGUCAGUAUGGACGGGCUCCCAGUAUAUCCCAGUAUGUCCCAGUGCCCCUCUCUGUGCCCACACUGGGCUGGCAGAGCUCUGGGGUAAGUACGGACGGGCUCCCAGUAUAUCCCAGUAUGUCCCAGUGCCCCUCUCUGUGCCCACACUGGGCUGGCAGAGCUCUGGGGUCAGUAUGGACGGGCUCCCAGUAUAUCCCAGUAUGUCCCAGUGCCCCUCUCUGUGCCCACACUGGGCUGGCAGAGCUCUGGGGGAUGCCGCGGGGCCAGGCUGGAGCUCCGGGCACCGGCGCGGCGCCGACGGCACCUUCAGCCGCAGCGCGGGGCUGCGCGUGCCCGCGGGGACGGCCGGGGACACCUGCAGCUGCCUGGUGACACACGCGGCGUGGGACAGGCCCCACAGGGUCAGCGUGGAGGUCACAGGUGUCCCCGGGCCCAGCGUGGAGGACACGGCGGGGGUGGCCCUGGUGGCCUUUGUCAUCGGGGGGCUCUGCCUGCGCCUGUGGCCCACGGAGGGGAGGUGA